GAGUUUUUAGUCUAUAUUUUAAGUGAUGUCUUUAAAAUUUUCUUAAGAGAAUUAUUGAUUGACACUUGAGUUUUCACUUGAGUGACAUGUAAUAAAGAUAGAUCUGUUCGAGAUGUCCUGAAACUAUUUCUUUUAAUAAAAAUCACAUAAAUCUCUCAAAAUUUCAACCAAUAUAAUCCUUUCUCCAGUCUCAUUCCAAUUCAAUUCCCUCUCUCAAAAAAUGGCCGGCAAGCAUACCUACCACCGCCCGGAACAUCACCACAACCACUGCCGCUGCAGCUGUGGUGGGGGCCGAUUCAUCACCUUUCUCAAGAUCCUCAUCGCCAUAAUCAUCGUCGUUGGUCUCGCCGUAUUGAUCUUAUGGCUCAUAUUCCGUCCCAACAAAGUCAAAUUCAACGUCACCGACGCUAAACUCACCCAAUUCAACCUCAUCGGCAACCAGCUCCAUUACAACUUGGCCCUCAACGUCACAGUGAGAAACCCCAACAAGCGAAUCGGGGUGUACUACGAUAGCAUAGAAUCCUCCCCCAUUUACAAAGACCAGCGCCUAGAGACCCAGUGGCUGCCGCCAUUUUACCAAGGCUACAAAACCACGGCCGUCAUCAGCUGCGUUUUCUCCGGGCAGCAGCUCCUCCUUCUCGCCGGCCAGGGGCUGACAGAGUUCAACGCGGAGACAGUUGCGGGCGUGUACGAGAUGAACGUGGAGCUUAAUCUUCGGAUCAGGUUGAAGUUUGGUGCCGUUAGGAUAGGGAAGUUUAAGCCUAAGGUGAAUUGUGAGUUUAAAGUUCCGUUGAGUUCCGAUGGAAACUCAGUUGUUGGUUCGGUGUUUGAGUCUACCGGCUGUGAUAUUGAUUAUUGGUGAGUUAGUCAAUUCUUAUUUUUCUUGGUCGUAUUUCUUAGCCUUUAAUUUAGUUGUGAAAUCAUAAAUUUAUUUUAUUUUAUUUGUUUGUUGUUGUUUGUAUUAUUUUAAUUUUUUAUUCUAAUUACUUUUGGCGAUUAGCUAUUUUGUAUUGUGUGUAUCGAUAAAUUAAGAAAAAAAAUGGGAGCUUUGGUUUUGUUGUUUUUAA